AUGGCAUCGAACCAAAACGAAACAUCGGUCACUCCUACACGUAUGGGGAACACAUCUUACUUCCUCAACCCACCAGAAGAACCUAAUAUGCCACCAGGCCAUGGCGAUGUGACCGCAAGCUCUCUCACAAAUUUUGAUGAGCCUUUGAAUUAUGAUCGUUCACAGCAAUAUAUGCAGCUUGAUGAGCUGUUUGAUAACGAAGUACUGAGGUCAAAUGUCCCUUUUCACGACUUCUCUUUCCUGGGCGACCUGAUAAAUGACUCUCCCGAUCCGUUACCUGGUGGAAAUUUUGCAAAAGGAUCUGUGAGCACUCCUGCCACGAGUCGUCAACGAGAACAAGCAGGAACUCCAUUUUCAAAAACGACACCUAUUUCCCCUUACCAUCCCCACGAGAACAAACUCUCUGGUAUCGAUUCACUACAGCCCACUUCCAGAAAAGAGGUCUCGCAGAACUAUAUCCCACCAGGUCUUUUCAUCGGCAUCGACCAGGGAAGAGGUGGCUUUUUAGGAUGGAAUUCAAUCGGAGGAACGCUUGCAAGCUCCAUCCGUACAUCAAUGACAAAAUACCCGCAUCUCACGUCGAAUUUGAACUUCGAAUGGCUUGUGCAAGCUGGGAAGCACAUUGCGAGAGUGGACGCAGAUGAGACCAUUCAGCUUUCUGCUGAGCAGCUUCCAGCAAAAUCUUUGGCCGCCAUGUGCAUAGCUGGAUAUUUCAACAACGUCCACAUCUAUUACCCCGUCGUGCGAGAACAACAUUUCCAAACUAGCUGGGAAGCACUAUAUGACCCAAGUCAAAAGACGCACCCCGUGUCGAGUUACAUUCUGUUUUGCCUGGUCAUCACCAUUGGCGCAGCCAGUGAUCGGACGAACUCUGCAUCUUCGUCGCCUCUAGAUCAAUUCGCCCGGGACGUAUUCCAGAAAGCAUGUACGUUGAUCAUGUUCUUCGAACUCAAUGGUCAGGUGAAUCUGGCAUCGGUUCUAUGCGGGCUCAGCAUCCGUCUGUGCCAAUCACUUGGUCUGCAUAGAAAGAGUCCCCGAGAUUUCAACCUUGCUCCAGAAGAGAUCAAGUUCAGGUCUCAAUUAUGGUGGAUUACAUUUCGUUUCGAGACAUUCGUCGCAAUGUCUGAGGGAAGACCUACUGCUGUCCGCGAGCUGACAUACGACGUCGAAGUUCUCCCCAUGUGUCCCGACCACAACAUAUCGCCGCACACCAGCGACCUAUCUUCGGCCCUCCACAGAUGGACCGCCAGACUGACUGAACACUGUAACCGGUUUUCGACCAUCAGUAGCCUCUGCAUAUCGACCGACGCUCGAUUAGAUGCGCUGAAUGAUCUCGACGAUUUACUUGUGCAGUGGAAAGAACAGAUCCCCACCUCCCAUCAACCUGGCCAAGAUGUGGUGUCUGAUUUGGAUUCUUAUAUGCUCAUUGCCCCUCUUCAUCUCGAGUACUUUAAUUUAUCAAGGGCCGUUCAUUGGGCUUGCAUCAUGGCGAUAUCCAUGAACUCAGACGCGGUUGACGAACGUCAUAGGCGUUCUCUCCAAUUGUCCGAGAUGAAAUGUUUGUCGGCAUCCCGCUCAUUUGUCCAAACAGCAAACAGUAUCGCCGACUGUGGCACCGGUGGAAGGCUAUUCCCUAUUGCUCUUCAUACAGACCACUACGUCGCCGCCUCUGCCGUCUUAUAUCGAGCAAUCUGUGAGAACCCACGACGAAUCGCAGCAAAAGCUGACCUAGAACAUCUCCGGGCCACCGUGAUACACAUCGAGCGCGACUCGUUCUCGUGUGAAUGGAGUUCGACGUUGAAAAGUACGAUAGGCGAAAUGAUCAAGGUGGCAGAGCGGUUGGUAGAGGGUGGAUCUGCCCCCGUCGACUCAUCGAGGAGAGAUACUAUUUUAUGA